AUGGAGGUCCCUGGAAGAACACAAGACAGUCCUCCAAAAGAUAGUGCAGGGAGGUCUUUGAGUGGAGAAAGAACAAUAUUUUGUCAACCAUGUAGUAGUGACGGCGAUACGAUAGGUGCCAUAGGAUACUGUCAAAAUUGUAAUGAGUAUCUAUGUGCAGUGUGUCUAAAAGUUCAUCGCAAGCAAGCCGUGUCAAGAAAUCAUAUUAUUCUGGACGGUGACAAUAUGCCUAAAGUUACAAUUCCGGCUGUAACCCCAAACGCUUGUUCUGAUAUAUGUACCAAACACGUAAAUGAAAUUGUAAAAUAUUUCUGCAUGUCACAUGAUGCGGUGGGUUGUGGAGAUUGUAUGAUCAUUGAUCAUAAAUCCUGUAAAAUUGAUCGUAUACAAGAUAUAUCUACAGAAUAUUUCAAUGGCACUGAACACCAAAAUAUACUAAAAAAGGUAAAGCAGUUUGUUAAAGAUAUGGAUGAAAUAAAAGGGGAGCUACAAGCCAGCGAAGGGAAUACGAGACAAGCAUACACACAAGCAAUUAAAGAUGUCAAAGCAUUCAAGAAAGAAAUCAUCGAUUAUCUUAACAAGGCAGAAAGUGAAAUGCUGGAAAUGAUAAAUGAAAGAAAAAAGAAGAAUGAGAUGAUGAUACAGGAACUACAGCAAGCAGAAAGUCGUAUUAGAAGAAAUAUUAAAGAAAUACAGACGAAAUUACAGCUACAGGUAAACCAAGCGAAUGAGUUGUUUGUUGAGGCAAAACAAGUAAAAGCAAAACUUAAUGAUUUUGAAGAAAAUCUGAAUAGUUUAAAAAAAGACACCAGCAUUGAUGUAUAUGAGUUUCAACGUUCCUCCCACAUGGAGCAAAUGGUCAAGUCUUGUAGACCACUCGGUGACAUAGUUGAUCAAACAGAACAAGAGGUCGAACACGUGGUAUCAAAAUACGAUCAUCUUGUUUCUAGCAAAGAAGUAACAGAUCACACUGGUUUAGACAGGAAGAGCAUUUCUGAAAUGGAUGCUUAUUUUGAUUGUGAGAUUAACAUUAAAACACAAGAUGAUUCUUCAGAUUGCUUUAUUGCAAGCUGUGCAUUGAUUUGCCCAAGUCAAAUUAUAAUCAUUGAUGAAAACAAUAAAUGUUUAAAAUUAGUCGAGGUCAAUAUCAAAAAAGUUUCAAAGUACAAAGUUAAGAAUAUUCCCACUGGAGUUGCAGUAGUAAAUCCCAAUCUAGUUUCUGUGACAUUUCCUGGUGAAAGGAAGAUACAAUUUUUCACAAUAACAACAAGUAAUAAGAUCAUUGAAAGCGAUAUGAUCAUUGUCAGUACAGGUUGUAAGAAAAUUGCAAUCUAUGAAGAUAAGAUUAUUGGUAUAACCAGCACGAGUGUUGAGAUAAUGAGCAUGAGCGGUCAACUAAUAAAAUCUAUAUCUAACCCAAAUAUGGUAUGGUUAAUGGAUAUUGCUGUCGUACCAAGUUCACAAAUGUUUUAUGUCAGUAAUGGUUCAUUGGGGUAUAAGGCUGUUUUCAAGUUCGAUUUUGAUGGCAAUUUGAUAGCAACAUACCAGGACAAGGAUCUGGUAGAUGUGAGAGGAUUAGAAGUAACAAGAGACGGUAUUGUGCUUGUGUGUAAUUGGGCCAGUUCUGGCAGUAUUCGUAUGAUAACUCCUGACUGUAAAAUGAUCAAAGAACUCUUGAAGGGUGAUAGACAUGUUAGUUAUCCAUAUUGUGUUACCUUCUGUAAUGAAACAAAUAAACUUUUUGUUGUUAACAGUCACUAUAACCUUGACAAGAAGUUUAGAAACGUGCUGAAAGUCUUUCAAUUAAAGUAG